AUCUAACCAAAUCUAAUAACACUCGCGGACAUGUGUUUAAUCCACAAUCCAUCGAGACCAGCAAGAGAUUCUGAGAACGACGCGCGCGGACUGAUAACAAGCGUUACUGAGUUUAAAAUACUGAUAUAUUCUCUUCUUAGUGGACAAGACUGCAAGUGAUGCUGAAGGAUUGAGUGUUUUCUGAUCAGUUUUCAGGGUCAGUUUAGCUGCAGUAUGUCAGAGGAAAGAGGAAAGGACUCUCUCUCUCAGAUGAGUCUCUCAGAGAAACACAGUGUAAGAUCAGGCUCACAUGUGUCCAGCUCUGUGUCUCUGAAGAGUGAUUGCUCUAAAAUAGGAGAUUUACCAAACUUCAGUGAGAAAACACCAUCAUCUAAUGAAAGUGUAAGAUCAGGCUCACAUGUGUCCAGCUCUGUGUCUCUGAAGAGUGAUCGGUCUAAAGGUGAUGUACCAGACUUCAGUGAGAAAACACCAUCAUCUAAUAAAAGGCUUCAAUAUGAGACAUUAGACUCAGACCUUCAGACUCACAGGAAACACAAGCAUUUCAAAGACAAUCUUCUUGGGAUCUUCCAGGAUCUUGAGAGGAAAAUAAUCACAUUUCUGAAGAAUGAACUGGAGAAGUUAAAGAAAAUAUUACAACAUGAGAACACACAACACUUUGUGAAGGACUUUAAUGAGAACAGAUCCAGUAUCAAAUCAGCAGCUCUUGAUCUCACACUACAUUACCUGAGAGAGAUGAAGCAAGACGAAGCUGCUGAUGCUCUAGAAGAUGAGCUGUUCUUCAUUCAUCAGCUGAAAUGUGGCCUAAAGAAGAAGUAUCAAUGUGUGUUUGAAGGAAUGGCGAAGCAAGGUGACUCCACACUCCUGAAUAACAUCUACACAGAUCUCUACAUCACUCAGGGUGGCAGUGAACAGGUCAAUACUGAACAUGAGGUGAGACAGAUUGAAGUUGCUUCCAGACGUCAUGAAGCACAAGAGAUACAGGUUGAAUGCACACAUUUGUUUGAAGCGCCUCAACAAGACGAGGAGAUCCGAACUGUACUGACAAAAGGAGUCGCUGGCAUCGGGAAAUCUGUCUCUGUGCAAAAGUUUGUUCUGGACUGGGCUGAAGGAAAAGAAAAUCAAGAUAUCAGAUUCAUAUUUCCUCUUCCAUUCAGAGAGAUGAACUUAAAGGAGAAAGAAAAACUAAGUUUGAUGGACCUUAUAACUCAGUUUUUCCCAGAGACAAAAGGACUGAACCUUACAAGAAGGAAUCAGUUCAAAGUGCUGUUCAUCCUUGAUGGACUGGACGAAUGUCGCCUUCCUCUGAAGUUUGAUUGUAAUGAGACGUGGCGUGAUGUAUCGUCACCAGCCUCUCUGGAUGUUCUCCUAACGAACCUCAUGAAGGGAAAUCUGCUUCCUUCUGCUCUCGUCUGGAUCACCAGCAGACCAGCAGCUGCCAGUAAGAUUCCUCCUGACUGUAUCGACCGGCUGACAGAGAUACGAGGAUUCAGCGACACACAAAAGCAAGAGUACUUCAAAAAACGAUUGAAGGAUGAUAUUCAAGCCAACACAAUCAUAGAUCAUGUUAAACAAUCAAAGAGUCUCUUUAUCAUGUGCCACAUCCCAGUCUUCUGCUGGAUUUCAGCCACUGUUCUCCACAACAUUCUGGAGGAGAAGAGAAAUAAUGAUGUGAGAAACACUCAGGCUGAUGAGAUCUCUAAAACACUGCAGGAAUCAAACACUGAAGACACUCCCAAGACUCUGACACAAAUGUACACACACUUUCUCCGCUUUCAGAUCCAGCAGAGCCGCCGGAAAUAUGACGGAGAAUACACACCAGAUGUUUCUUGGGAUAAAGACGCCAUCCUUUCACUGGGGAAACUGGCAUUUCAUCAUCUGGAAAGAAACAACCUGAUCUUCUAUGACACAGACCUGGAAGCCUGUGGUCUUGACGUCUAUAAGGCAUCAGUGUACUCAGGCAUGUGUACCCAGAUCUUUAAGGAGGAAACAGGGAUCGUUCUUGGUACCAUGUACUGCUUUGUUCACUUGAGCAUUCAAGAGUUUAUUGCAGCCCUUUAUGCACAUCUGUUUCUAGACAUCAACAAGACAAGUGUGUUUGAUAAUGAGUCUACAGAACAGGAAAACAGAAAUGAAACCAUGAUUGAUUUUCUCAAGACUGCAGUGGACAAGGCGCUGGAGAGUGACAAUGGACACCUGGACCUUUUCCUUCGCUUCCUCCUCGGUCUGUCACUCCAGUCCAAUCGACGACUCUUACGAGGUCUGUUGACACAGCGAGACCGCACUGACAAGAGCAACAAGGGGAAAGUUCGACGACUCUUACGAGGUCGGUUGACACAGCGAGACAGCACUAACCAGAGCAACAAGGGGAAAGUUCGAGGACUCUUACGAGGUCUGUUAACACAGCGAGAUGGCACUGACCAGAGCAACAAGGAAAUAGUUCAGUACAUCAAGCAGAAAUUAGAAGCUAAUCUUCCUGCAGAGAGAUCCAUCAAUCUGUUCUACUGUCUGAAUGAACUGAACGACCAAACUCUGGUGAACGAGAUUCAGACCCACCUUAGCAAAGGAAGUCUCUCAUCCGGUGACCUUUCACCUGCCCAGUGGUCUGCUUUAGUCUUUGUGUUGUUGACAUCAGAGGAAGAGCUGGAGGAGUUUGAGCUUCAGAAAUUCAAGAAAUCAGAUGAGUGUCUCAUUAGAUUAUCGGCAGUCAUUAAAGCCUCCAAAAGAGCCCUGUUAAAUGAUUGUAACUUAACAGACAAAAGCUGUUCAACUCUGGCUGCAGUUCUUGGAUCAGACACCAAUCUGAAAGAGCUGAACAUGAACAAUAAUAAACUGCAGGAUUCAGGAGUGAAGCUGCUCUGCACUGGACUGAAGAAUAUAAAGUGUAAAUUGGAGAUACUGAGGUAAGUUGAGCCACAGGAGUCACAUGACUAGAGUGAGGUGCGAUGACUGACAGGACGAUGC